CAAACAUCCGAAGUUUCGACCUCACGAUAACCACAUACACAAAAUGCAAUGUAAACCAUAUGUGGAUGACGUAAUUCAGAGAAAUAAUUUUGGAUCCAUAUGAGAGAUAUAUACUUACUGUGGGAAGAAGGACCGCGUGAUGGUAGGAAGGACGAUAUUGAUAACUGAUGUUAGACCGGGAGGACUGUAUGGUGUAACGGCCCGCUCGUUCGUUAACAUAACACUGGACGAAGAUCUGGAAGCUGGUCGGUUAUACCUCGAGGUGAAAUACAACGGGAAUGAUUUACUUGCCCGCAACUGGGAAUUAUGCAACCUCGACGAGGAUUAUGGGGAUGAAAGGCAGAUAUACUACCCGUUUUCAUCAGGGGAAUAUUCGUUUGUGAAAGAAUGUCAAAUCCCCACAUAUCUUCCAAGGGGCCGAUACGAGACAACGGUUUGGAUAACGGACCAAAAUGACAAGGUGGUCAUCUGUGGAUUUUCUAACUUUACACUUUGAAAAUAUUGCCUCCAACGAGAACCCUUAUAAAUGAAUAUGAAGCCACUUCGAACACGCGCGGUCAAAUCUUCUUUCUUUGCGGGUAGUGGGGAGUGGGGCUGUAAUUGAAUUUAAUGUAAUCUAAUUGAAUUUGGAAUAAACAAAAUACUUUUAUUAA